AUGCCUUCCCGCAACGACACUCCAGAGUCGCCGUUUGCAGCGUUGCGAGACCUCAAGCCUGCACUUCCGUACUCGAACUCUGCGAUCUCCUAUUGGCACCGCACAACUCGAGCAUUUGCACAUCUCAGGGCUAACGAGACUAGCCCACUACCUGUCUCUACCAAAUACACAAUCAUCGGCUCUGGUCUCUCUGGAUCGCUCACAGCGUUCGAGCUCAUCAAGUCUGGCAUCCCGGCUGAGCAAAUCCUCAUACUCGAGGCAAGAGAAGCUGUUUCAGGCUCAAGUGGUCGCAAUGCAGGUCACGUUCGUCCUGACCCUUGCAGUGAAUUCAGCGGCUAUGCUAUAGUCCAUGGGUCAGACAAAGCUCUCGAAAUCGUCAAACACGAAAUGGUCGUACUUGAUCUUGUUCAAGAAUUCGUCAAGACCCACAACAUCGACUGCGAGUUUCGACCCAAGCAAACUUUCGAUGUUUGCCUCACACGAGAAAUCGCUGAGAGCGAAAUGCGCAACGUAGAGCAGUAUGUCAGUGCUGGUGGAAGCCUCGACCACAUCAGGUACCAUGAAGGUAAUGAUGCAAAGGAACGUACUGGCGUCCAUGAUGCACUCAGUGCAUGGGAAUGGCCGGCUGCUACGAUCCAUCCUGUCAAGCUCGCUCAGUGGCUACUCUCGAGCUCGAUCGACAAAGGCUGCAAGCUGUUCACCCACUGCCCAGUCAUUCAGAUCACCCAAAACGAAGAUGAGACUUGGAACAUGCACACGAAUCGAGGCAUGGUGUCUACCAACAAGGUCAUCCAUUGCACAAACGCGUAUGCUGGUAGUCUGCUUCCUCAACUUUCUGCGAUGCUGCUCACCCCGAUCAAAGUGCAAAUGCAUUCCUUGAUCCCAGACCAAGCUUUCUCUGGCGGCAACAUGUUGCAGGCGUCGAUGGCUCUGAGAUACGAGGAACAUCGCUACUAUGCUUUGACCCAGAUGGAGAAAGACGGAACCAUUAUAUUCGGUGUCGCAAAGCCAUCGGGUUUUACAUUUGAUGACACUUCGUACACGGAUGAGUUGGUGAUCGAGGGGCUGGAGAAGUUUGAGGAGUCCCACGACCGCCCGAGCCACUACAGCCUAUCGGUCUUGCAUACCAUCGGUUGA